CAAAACCCUCUCACAGCCCUUUUUUCUUGUUUCUACACUGUCUUUAAUUUCUUAUGUUUCCACAAAGUACAAACUCUUCGUCCUCUGCUGGCAAAACUCUUUCUUAUUCUCAAGCAUUAACAAUGUCAUCUUACGAGAAGAAAACCAAGACCAAAACAAUAAACAAGACCACCAGAAACAUACCGCAUCAGCAGAUGCCAACAACUAGAGGAACAAGAGGGACAAAUGAAAAGUGCACCUCAGUUGAGGCUUGGUCACCACCAUACAUGGAUGGCAAAAGCAAGACCACAAACAAGACCACCCAAAACGUAACACAACAGCAGAUUCUAACAACAAGAGACAAGAAGCAAACCGAGAGCAAGCCUAUAAACACACCACAGCAGCAACAGCAGGAGAUACUAACAAGAGGGACAAAUGAGAAGUGCACUACUUCAGUUGAGAAUUGGUCACCAUAUAUGGAAGGCAUAAUGCCAGAAAAACCAGAGCACAUGAGCCCAGAGAUGGAGUUUCAUUUUAGGAGGGCAUUUCAUCAUUUUGUGGAUGACUUCUUAUAUAAUCCAAAUAGGACAACUCGUCGGUUGCCAAUCUUUGAACAACAAUGCCAAGAGGAAAAAUGAAUAUGGGAGAGCUUUAUGCAUUUUAGUCUUAGAGUGCAGGGAGCAAUAUGGACAUGUUAACCAAUCUAAACACUCAAUGACUCUUUAGCUCAUGAUAAUUCUUUAGUGGAAAAAACUAAAAAUUUUAGCUUCGAACCAAUAUAGAGCUAAAGUUUGUCAAUCUUUAGUUAGAUGAUUUUUGUAUUUUUUGUGUGAUACUCUAUAGUGAUGCAAAUUUGCUCUUCAA